AUGGGCCCGUUCAACGAUCUGGAAAGCAACCUCCGCCGCGCCGUCAACAGCCGCGACUCCACGGCCCUUGCUGACUGCGUUCGCUACUCUGAGACCCUCGCCUCACAGCCCGGCGGCAAACCGCAUGUUACGCGCAUCUUGUGGCGCGUCAUCAACGAGGCUCCGGAAGAUCUCGCUGAUCUGGUACUUUCCUCGCUUACGAGUCCCUUCGACUUCCAGUUCGUCGACGAUAUCAAUGGGCGGACGUGCUUGCACGAAGCAGCUAAGUCCGGGUGCGACCGGCUCGCCAGGAUGUGCAUCGAGCACGGCGUCCGGGUCGAUAAACGGGAUGCGUAUGGCCGGACGGCACUUCACUAUGCCGCCCUUCACGGGAAUUCUUCGACGUGCAAGUUGCUUCUUGAGGCGCAGGUACCACCAGAUGCUCUGGAUCUCGACAACUACAGCCCACUUGUAUACGCAACUCUGUGCGGCAGCGUCGAAUGCGUCAAAUUACUUCUCGACAUAGGUCACGUCUCGGUUGAUCCUUCGUCAGGUGCUGGCGAUCUUAUUCCCCUGUCUCUCGCCUGCCGCUCCGGCCACAUUGACGUGGUCACUCUUCUCCUCGAG